AUGAGCAAAACGACCUUCAUCACCGGCGUCUUAGCCAUCGUCUUCCUCCUGCUGUCGCCCUCGACGGCGAUGAUCAAAACCAUAACCAUAUCCUCCGACACCCGACCCACCAUCCUCUUUCAGAAAUUCGGGUUCACCAACGCAGGCCACGCGACGGUCGCGGCGUCGUCAGUGUCUGUGGUGGCGCCGUCGGCACCGGACCUCUCGCGGCUAGGGUUCUUACUAAUAAGCGAUGCAUCACUCCCCCAAGUUCUUACAGAAAUCGGACAACACCCUAGCUUUUGCAUCCUCGAUUCCCACUCCAUCUUGCGCCUGUUCACCUUCAACAACCUCUCUCUCCCUCCAUCCGCCUCCUUCAACCGCACCUAUCCCAUCACCAUCUCCGGCGAAUACUCAUUAUUCUUCGUCAACUGCGCCUUCGGGAGCGCCGUCACGAUGGUCGUACACAUCGAGCUCUACAAUCACAACACCGACGGUUCCCGCGACUACCUCUCCUCCGGCCACACUCACCUCCGUUCACUCUUCUCUCUUUUCUCCAUCGCUUACUUUUUCUUCUUCGCAACAUGGCUCUAUCUCUGCCACGUCAACAACCGCUCCCUUCACCGGGUUCACCUCUACAUGGCCUUGCUCCUUCUCGUGAAGGCUCUCAGCUUUCUCUGCGCGGCAGUCGAGUACCAGUCCGUCAAGGUCAACGGCACCACUCAUAGCUGGGAUUUCUUCCAUAUAUUUGACUUCGCCAGUGCCGUUUUUCUCUUCACCGUUGUCGUUUUGGUGGGGACACGUUGGACCUUCCUCCACCCUGUCGUGCGGGAGAGGGGAAAGAAGGCGCUCUUCGUUGUUAUCCCCCUUCAGGCUCUGGCGCAUGUGGCUUUCGUCGUUAUUCUGAAGACUAGACCCUAUUCCGAGAAAUGGGUUACGUGGAACCAGGUUUUCCUUCUGCUCGACUUCAUUGCUAAUUGCGCCAUGGUUUUCUUUGUUGGUUGGUCCAUGAGAUCGCUCACGAAAACCUCCACGAUGCAAGAAGAGCCUGCUGUGAACCUGCAUAGGUUUACCCUUAUCAGACGAUUCUACAUCAUUGUCAUUGGCUACAUACUUUUCACGCGCUUUGGGAUAUUUGCUCUCAAAACUGUUGUUGCCGAUAAAUACGAGUGGGUUGAUAAUCUCGUGGAGGAAAUAGCCACUCUUGUGUUUUGCAAUGCCAUGUUCUACGUGUUUUGGGUGGUUGAGAAGGAUGAAUACUCUGUGAUGGGUGAAGAGGAACUAAAACCAAGUGAUAAGAACGUUGAAGUUGAGAUUUGA